AUGGACCAACAACUCAAACUGCUCGAAGAUGACUGUGCUGUGUAUAGACAGUUGAUUGAUUCGCUUAAGGAUAAACAUGCCAAUUCAGAUAUUGCGUCAUAUAAACAGACACUUCGGAAUCUCAAGGAUGAAGAAUGCGCACUCAAAGCCCAAUUUGACCAGCUCUGUCUGGAAGAAGAACGUCUGGAUUCAGAGUUGGUAGAGAAAAGGAUGUCUUUGGAAAAAAAGACGGAAGAGGAGGCAAAAAGAUGGCUUCAGUUCAGAGAUAAUCAUAGACGACUCCUUGCUAUUGACGAGAAGACUCGCAUAGCAGACGCAGAGCUACGAUACGCAGCAGAGCAGCACCGACGUCUUGCAAAUACUAACGCUCUCGAUUUAUUUAUAGGAGAGAUAAACGGUUUUCGUCUUGGACGUUUACCAGAUCGACUUGUUGACUGGCCUGAGAUAAACGCAGCAUGGGGACAGCUAGUUCUCCUUUUGGACGUUCUCAUGCAACGUGUUAAUGUGAAACAAGACAGUUUUAAAUUGAUUACAAUGGGCAGUCAUUCGUAUAUCAAAUACAAACGAACAACGACUGAGGAAGUGAAAUAUCCGCUGUUUGCAUCUGGUAGCUGGAAACCGUUUGGGAAUAACAAUAUGGACAGUGGAAUUAUGGCAUACCUUCAGUGUUUCGAAGUGCUACGUACGGCAAUACAGUUCCUAGUUGCUACAUUUAACGAAAAAUUAUCUGUUUAUCAAAAACCAGUUUUCACACUAUGUAGUGUAAUCGAUUGUUAUUUUCACUAUGAUGGGUUAUGGGUGUCACGAGGAACACCAGGAUUCCAAAGGCUGCCAACGAAGCAGAACUCUCGCUUUGAAAUCCCACAUCGUAUCAACAAAGAUUGCAUAGCUCAUGGUACAAUGGAGUAUUCCGUGAAAAUGUUGUUAAAUAAGGAGGAACGUUGGACAAAAGCAAUGAAACUGUUGCUGACGAAUCUUCGUACUACAAUGGUUCAAAUUAUUGCUAUACGUCCCAUUACCAUUUAG